AAUCAUGUUUCUAAUGUGUUGCUAAGUUACCUUUCAGUCCGCUAAAAUGGACAAAAAGUACUAGGCCGCUAAAAUAGCAUUUUGCGGACUCAAAUGAGUUCGCUAAAGUAUCAUUUUGCGGAGCGUGUACCAAAAAAAAAUAAAAACAACUUCAUUCACAAAAUGUUAUUGUUUACAAUUAGCAUUGAUUUGAUAAAUGCUAUCAGUAUUUUUUCAACAAGUACACGGGAUGGAAGCGCUAGCACUAGUAGUUUUCGCGAUAACGACACUAGUUUUUUUAAUUUGGUUUAUACGUUUAGUACGAAAAAAUAAUGACUAUUACACGACUAUUCCAGGACCACGUCCAUUAUUUUUUUUUGGGAAUGUUCUUGAAGUUGGUGCAACAAAAGACAUUUUAGGUGUAUUGCACAAAUAUUCCAUGCAAUUCAAUGGCUUAUAUAAGAUACAUUUAGGACCAGUACGAAAACUUAUAGUAGCCUCUGAUUACAAGAUCCUGAAAUGUGUUUUAAGUAGUAAGAAAAUUUUAAAUAAGUCUGAAGAUUAUCUUUAUUUACGACCUUGGUUGGGAACUGGUUUACUGACCAGUGGUGGUACAAAGUGGAAAAAGCAUCGAAAAAUUAUAACACCAGCUUUUCAUUUCCAAAUUUUAAAACAAUUUAUUGAAGUUUUUGAGUCUGGAGGUAACAGAUUUAUACAAAAGUUGCAAAAAGAAGUUGGCAAAAAAAGUAUUGAUAUAUAUCCCUUUGUUAAUUUAUGUACACUCGAUAUCAUUUGUGAAAGUGCAAUGGGUAUAUCAAUAAACGCUCAGUUUGAUGACAAUUCAGAUUAUGUUAGGAGUGUUAAAGCUAUGUGCAAAGUAACAAUGGAGAGACCAUUUCAUAUUUUGGAAAUGAAUGAUGUUACAUUUCCUCUUACUAAAAAUUACUACAUACAAAACAAAUCUUUGAACAUAUUACACAAUCAAACUAACAGCGUAAUAAGUAAGAGGCGUCAAAAACUGCAAAACAAAACUAAAGCAAUUACUGUAACAAAUGCAAAUUCUAAAGCUGACAACAAUGAAACAUUGUUUGGAAGAAAGAAAAAGGCAUUUUUAGAUUUGUUAUUGCAAGCCACUGUUGAUGGUAGGCCUCUAACUCAGGAGGAAAUACGGGAAGAAGUUGAUACUUUCAUGUUCGAAGGCCAUGAUACCACUGCUUCGGCAAUUAGUUUUGCGUUUUAUUGUUUAGCAAAUAAUGCUGACGUUCAAGCAAAUGCAUAUGAAGAGCAAAUAGCUCUUUUCGGUGACAACAAAAAUCCUUCAGUUACAUAUUCAGAUCUACAAAAUAUGAAAUACUUAGAACUUGUCAUAAAAGAAACUUUACGAUUGUAUCCACCAGUUCCCAUUUUUGCUAGAAAAACUUCAGAACCCGUACAAUACGAAAAUAUCUUUAUACCCGAAGGAGUAACCAUUAACAUUUUUGCUUAUGGAAUACACCGAGAUCCAAAAUAUUUUAAAGAUCCGGAAAAAUUUGACCCCAACAGGUUUGAAAUUGUAGAUGGAAAAUUGCCAUAUGCUUACAUUCCGUUCAGUGCUGGACCACGAAACUGCAUUGGACAAAAGUUUGCAAUUUUGGAAAUGAAAAGUACUAUUUCAAAAAUGCUGAGGAAUUUUGAAUUACAACCAGCAACUCCUACACACACGAUACAGUUGACUGCUGAAUCGGUUCUGAAAUCUGAAAACGGUGUAAAAAUAGCUUUAAACAGUAGAAAUUAAUUAAUUUGGU